AGCUAGAUGAAUCAGUACUGGAGAAAAUAACAAAACGCAUGGGUCUUGAAGAAAAACACGCGGUGGCAUUGAUUGGCGGCCUCUGCCAAUGGGAUCAGCAACUUAAUCAAGAGAAAAAUUUAAUUGAACAGGAUCAGCAACUUAAUCAAGAGAAAAAUUUAAUUGAACAGGAUCGGCAACUUAAAAGCAAAGUCCAAGAGGAACCUCCUGCUUCUCGCCAAGAGGGAAAUACUGUUGACAGAGAAACACAAGACAGCUACAAGUUUGGCAAUUCGUAUUUCAGGGGUCUGCUGGAGAGGGAGCCGGAUAACCCUUUAUUAAAGCGUGAAGGAUUCCGCAAGUGGGUAGCCAAGUAUGCACAGUCUGAGGCAGUAUUCUUGACGUAUUAUGCUGAGGCGCACGAGAAAGUACUGGAGCUAGGCGUGAAAGCAGCAACGUCAGGGAAGGCAGGCUCACAAACUGAUCAAAAGUCUCCACCAACUGGUACUAAUCGUGCCAGGUUGGUGCAGGGCAUCGGAAUUGCUGUUGUCGCCACCGCCAUCAUCAUCGGUUUCUUCCUCAGCAGAAGAAGCAAGUGA